AUGUCGAUCGUCUCAUCUAUACCCUCUGGCACUAUGGGAUCGUCUUCGGAUCGCGUCACUUCCGUCGCAGCAGCAUCCGCACUGGCCGCAACAUCGCCACCCGUUACUCCUCCUACCAAAUCUUCCGGUCCCAAUGCAGGAUCUGCAUCACAGACAAGUCUCCCUUCUCCGCCACCCUCCUCGUCAUCUAGGCACUCUCGGGCCGUCGACCAGGACGAAUACGAGUAUGACGAGGAUCAAAAUAUCAACAACAGUCAUUCAUUAAAUGGGUCCUCGAUCGAAAAGAUUGCUCGUCGGCUACCCUCUAGCUCAACUAUUCCCUCCACAAAAGCAGAAACGGAAAAAAAGCCAACCUCCUCUGGGGAUAUCACCAAGACACAUUCAUCCUCCAGCUCAACAUCCUCUUUGGCAUCAUCCAAUCAACACCUCCCGGCAACUCUCAACAACAAGCACAUUUCUGCUGCCAAAACCAAGACCCUGGGACAUCUCGCCCGGAGCACAUCGUCUGAAGUCGAUAGCGAGGUCGCCAAUGCCCUCGCCUCGGGACGCAGCAUAGUCAGCAAGACCGACUGGAAAGAGGAGGACGCGCAGUAUCUGGUUCAGCUGAUCGAGGCUCAGUUCCCCAAGGGCAACAUCAUCUGGGACUGGGUUGGACACCAGAUGGUCGAUCGUGGAUUCACCAAGAGCCAGUGUCGAUCCAAGUGGAAGCGCAUCCGUACCAAGGUCCUACAUGGAGAUGGAAACCCACACACAAAGGACAGGGAUCACGCGGCACAUGAGCAGGAAAUAGACGAACUCAACGAGGAAGAGUACGAGGAGCUGCCUACCGACAUUCCCGAUUUGAAAUGGCGUCAUCAACAGGCCGAGCAAGAGAUCUCGACCAGCCAAUCACAAUCGGCCCGACCCAAUGGGGCUUAUGACCGACCCCAGUACGCCUACAGGACCGGCUCUACCGUUCGCGAGGAAGAACUUGCAGCAGCUGCCAGACGAUCUCAACAUUCCAAUCGAGCAGUCACCCAGUCCUCAUACCCUGAGCACGCGGGCGAGCCCUGGUCAGAGGACGACGAGAGACGGCAGGAUGUCGAUAGCUACAUUUUGCCAGCUAAACGGUUCAGCGAGUACCCAGAACAGGACCGAACCCCACCUUCAAGGUCACCUCAGCAACAUCGCCGCACCUCAAGUUCCAAUCACCAGUCCUCUACCCAGGGUGAAGACGCCGGUCGAUCCUCAACAACCCUUUCAGCCAUUGCUGCGACACCAACAAUAUUUGGAAAGAUCGAAUGGAAACCCGAGGACAGCGACUAUCUUGUUCACUUGAUCGAGACCAAGUUUGCGUCGCGCAAGGUCGACUGGGCCUAUGUCUCAAAGCAGAUGGAGGGACGGGGGUACGAUCGAACCCAGUGCAAGUCCCGAUGGUGGCGCGUACAGCAUCGACAGAGUCAGAGCCAGCAGAGCCAGGGAGGUGUUGGCGGAAGCGUCAGUUCGCCAUCGUCUCGUGGAGGCAGGCCCCGUAAGAAUAUCGACCGGCGCGAAUCGCAACAACAGGAAUUUGACCACCUGGAGGACGACAAGGAAAAGACGUCAGACAACGAGGAGAUCCAUCCAGAGCAGGCACUCGAGGCUCCUCGUGAGUAUCGUAGGCCUCAUCAGCAGCACGAUCCUGCCUCCAUGCGGUCACCGUCUAUUCCACCUCCACCUCCUCUGGCUCACCCAUCGGAUCUGAACGACAGUCGUGCCCACUACCAACAAGAGCCGAGCCAUGGCGAGAGACAGGAGGAUGAGGAGAGCCAGGGUACUGCCGAUGAUCAUGCACGGUCUCCUCGUGCGACGCGUGGCCACGAACACCAAAAGCACAUCGAGUGGAAGGAGGAGGACAGUCAGCAUAUGUUCCGGAUGAUUGAGCGCGAGUUUCCGGUUGGAAAUGUCGUCUGGAGUGUGAUUGGUGAGCGGAUGGCGAGUCGCGGAUACUCUCAGACUCAGUGCAUGUCCAAGUGGCGGCGACAUCUCAAAAACAGCAAAACCUCGAACGACAGCACCGGCGGACGACCCAGUGGAAUUAGCAUGGAUUUGGAUGAUGAUAUGGACAUUGACGGUUCGUCCUUGUAUAAUAUGCAUCGCGAGAACCGACUGACGGGAUUCAGGCGUCCCCGCAAGGAGGAUCUGUUGGUCUACGGCGACAAUCGGGGUUCGGUUGUUGGUGGAGGCGAUCAUCACAGCAGCAGCCACCCUAACAGCGGAAAGCGAGUCAAGUCAGACUUGGUCGACUCGAGAGCAUACGAUCGGGACGAAUAUAGAUCCCCAGUGGGACAGCUAGACGCCCGUCUUGUCGAGAUGGAGUUCGAACGGUACUUCAAUGUCGGCAACAAGCGAAGACGAACCAUUGAGGGCGAGGGCCAUGGAAAUGAACCAUAUGCAGUAACCGAGUCUGCCGCCAACGGCUAUUAUGAUCGUCGUGCGUCGCCAUCGUAUGAGGACGAAUCUGCGCAUCAUCACCACCACCAUCACCACCACCGUCGCCUGUCUAGCGAGGUGCGUCACGAGGAUUAUCCUAGACGGAGCAGUUACAGACAAGACGAGCGUGCGUCUUCUGGAGGCUAUGGCGAGCGCGAGAGAAGUCGAAGGAGAAGCCCGCCUCUGACGGACGAAGGCGUUAUUGUUAUUGGGGAGGAAGCUGGUCCUGUGGUUAGCUCGACUGGCUCGGCUGGACACUAUGAGCCUGAACGUGAUAGCCACAACGGCGAAAGACAAGGAAGAUACGACGAGCGAGAAUGGGAUUCGGCGAUGGUGGUCGAUAACGAUCAAGAGCCGCCGUCUAUGUCGUCCAAGAGCCAACACCGAGAGCCUCACUCUUCCAAAAGCAACUACGCUGGACGCAGCCCUAUCCGAGACCUCGUGGGAACGACUCACAUUUCUUCGUCAUCUUCGUCCUCCUAUCCGAACGGCACUAGCCAUGGCGGACACCGGGACCGGGAGCUGGUCUCCCGACGUGGGGCGGAGGAAGAAGAUUACCACGUGGUCGAGCUGGACGAACGUCAUUACCGUGACCAGCAGCAGCCCCCUCGUCGUCGGUCAAAUCAUCAACCACAACAACAUCAUUCUCGACGACUUUCUUCCCCAGGCCGCGGAGGUCGCGACGACGGUGGCCGGAACGGAGGAGGAUACUAUGACGAUGGGUAUGGAAAACGCCGGCAUCGCCAAUCCAGUGCCGAGUAUGAGCAUCACCGCCAGGACUAUGGCUAUCGUCAGUCUUCGUCUCACGGUCGCAGUGGUCAAUACCAGGAGCGGGACGGCGACCUAAUCGACUAUGCGAUGGAGGAUGACCUAGACUGGGCUAAUGGACGAUGGGAGGGCCGUGACAUGGCUCGUUUGGCAGCAGCAGUGGCUAGGCAAGGACGUCGUUGGGACGCAAUCCGAGAACAGAUCCGGAUCCCGGUGCUUGUUAGCCCCUACGAUGAUCAGGAGUAUGAAGAUAUCUAUGAGGGUUUCCGAUUCGAACCACAUGCACCACCCUCAUCGUCUGUUGAUCGCCAGUACACUCGCCACCACCACCAUUCCUCAUCAUCAGCUGCUCAACCCCAACAACGCUACAGCCAACCUCAGUCACAGCAGCUUCGUCACCAGCGUCGAACAUCUUACCAGCAGUCGCCGCGGGAGGAUGGUCGAAAGCCCUCUUCACACAGGAUCCACCAUCGUCCUUCGGGCUCUACCACAGUUCCAGUACCCGGCCCAGUCGAUGAGAACUACUCACUCUCACCUUUGACGUCGUCGAUAACGUUCAAGAGACCUAGCGGAGCGAUUGCUAGCGUGUCGUACUCGAAAAAUGAUGCGAUUUCCUCUGCUAAGUCUUCGUCGCCCUACACCUCAGGAGCAGCGGAGGUGGUUGUUCUUGACGGAGGGAACAUUGAUGAGAGAGAGGUUGUUGAGGGGAAGGGAAAUGUCGUUGAAGGGGAGCAGUUUGAGGGAGGCCGUCCCCAUCAUGGAGGAGAACAGGAAGUGACUGUGGAUGUGGACUCGAUUGAGCAGAGUCAGGGACGUAGAGAAGGUGAAGAAGAGGAUGGGGAGGAAGUUGAGUUGACAAUGUCAGAAACCCAUGGUCACAUUGUUGUGGGCGAUGAGGACGUUUUGUUGGAAGGAGGAGAGGAAUCGAGAAUUGUAGAGGUUGAAUCGAUGGAGAUUGACGAGGAACAUCAGGAGAUGACGGCGCCGAGCGCAACGAGGGCGUCUUCGGAAGGGGAUACCGGGAUUAUGCAAUCUGUGUCGACGAGCAGCAUUACGACGACGGUGUCCACUACCACUACCACUACAGCAUCCAGGACGACGACAGCACAGGACGCCGAGGCUUUAGCUAUGCAUUAA